GCCAUGGUAAUACAGAAAUGGCGAUUCCUUCAUUACACAUGUUACGUGUAACUUGUAGUGCGAUUUAAAAAUGUAAUUUUAUUAUUUCCCUUGCUCCAAUAUGGACAAAAUGCGAAAGUUUGGAAGCAAUGACAGUUUCGAGUCGAAAAAACCGAGUCACGUGAGGAAAUUGAAUUUUGGACAGACGAUCCUAACCUUAGAUGUAGUAAAGCAAUUCCACGGGCAGAAAGACGGUGCUUUGGUGAUCGAUGAAAAAGUAGCGACGAUACCGUGCACGGAAAAGAAUGAACUUGUCCGAAAUUGGAUCGAAUCUCACAGAGAUCGCGUUCUCGACUCGGACGAGUCGUCUCAAACCUCUCCCAUUCUCUGUUCAGCUGGAACUAAGCACGUGGAGAAGUCUCCGAUUUUUGAUACGCGACGGGAUCUCGCUGAAAAAUCGCCGAUUUUCGAUACACGACGGAAACGAAUUAGAGGAACAAAAAAUUUAAAUAGUACCGUUAUAGAUAGCAUCAACUAUGAGUGCUCGAACCAUGGAAAAAGUCAAAUUAAUAAAGAAGUAAUCAAGGUCCCUGCUGAGAAUAAUAAAUGUGUAAAGGGUGAUGCUAUGCACAAAAAGGAAAAUGUGAAGAGAAAUUUAUUUAAUUUUGAAUCUAGUAUGAAUCAUAUCAAAGGGGGGAAUGCAGACACCUCACCUGUACUCGAUAAAAGCAACUAUUCAUAUAAAAGAAGAAGAAGAAAGUUUACAGAUGAAAGUUCUCCUAGGACAGUUCUAGAUAGAAUUGAGAAUAAGCAGGCCAAUAGAAAUGUAAUCUCCUCUCCUAUUUUUACAAGAAUACAAGAUGUAAAAAUGUCGCCAAUUCUGGACAAAAGUUCUUAUUCUCAUAAAAAGAAAAGAAGGAGAUUGAAAGAGACAAAUUUAGAGGAAACAGGAAGCAGUUAUGUAGAUGGUAAUAUGAAUUCAAUUAAUUCUCAGCAUUUGGAGAACAAAGGCAAAAUUAUGUGUAGUCAAAAGCAACUUACAUUGAUAAAACGAUUAGAAGAUAGUUUUCAAAAUGAUCAUUUAGAAUCUGUGGUAAGUAAAAGUUCCACAAUUGUAGAAGAUUCUAUUGCAUCCGAUUCGCCAGUUUCAGAAGUAAAAGUAAACAUAGAAGACAGCCCAAAGGAUGUACAAGAUAUGGCAAAAAUAGAAAUAGAAUCUAGCAACGAUGAUGAUGAUCAUUUUACAGGUUUUGUAAAUGUAAACAGCGAUGUCGAUAAAGACCUUAGCGAUCGCAUAGACGACGUAGACACGCAAGAUUUAAAUCCUAUUACGGAAUUCCAUAAGUACGAUCUAAUGCGCCGUUUGUCCAUCCACGCUCCUAAAUCUGCUUCCAUUUCCUCGCAAACGUCUACCAAAGAUUCAGAUCAAACUUUCUUUUCAAAAGGAGAAGAUCUUCGAUGCUUACUUCCCAGUGUAGAUCCUUCUCAAAGAAUUUCUCAAAUUUCGUCGCAAGUUAUCGAUCUAUCCGACAAAUCGACUGAAACACGUGGUAUGAUUACCAUGGACGAGUCGCCAGAAAGAGCAAAUCUAGAUCCUUCCAUGCAAAUAACUCUUUUAGACUCUGGCAAAAAAAAGAGGAAACCAAAAAGAGGAAGUUUAUCGGAAAAAUUACAAUCUGUGAUUAAUAGUCAAAUAUCGUUUGUACGUAUAUGGAGGCACCAACUUAAGCAAGCAGUAAAAGACAAUACCUCUCUACCGUGUGUUGUCGUUUACGUACGAGCAUGUACGACUCGUUUUAGCAGGCAAUUUUUAGAAGGAAUCGCGACUGAAGAUCCAUUCAAUUUGCUUUCUCGCAAAGAAGAAAAUAAAUUUCCUAGAUCUAUAAAAAUUAUGACGAUUCCCGAAAUCGUAGGUAAAAUCAUAAUAAUGUCAAUAGCUCAAGAUCGACCUGAACUUUAUGAAGAAGUGAAGCUUUACAAGAAUGCGAGGGAAAGAGAAAAGCACGACAAUCAGGCCGAUUUAUACGCUGUCGUAAAUACUUUGCAACAUUUAGAGAAAGCUUAUAUCAGGGAUUGCGUGACACCAGAAGAAUAUACAGCUGCUUGCAGUAAACUGUUGGUGCAAUACAAAGCAGCUUUUAAACAGGUGCAAAGCGAUCAGUUCCCUACCAUAGAUGCUUUUGCCAGAGCAUUUCGAUUGGAUUGUCCUGCAGCACUCGAAAGGAUCAAAGAAGACAGACCGAUUACUAUAAGAUAUGAUAAGGGCAACACAUGCAAAUCUAUCGCAGACAUUGUAUCUCUAUUCAUUACCUUGAUGGACAAAUUACGACUCGAGAUCAAAGCUAUGGAUCAACUACAUCCUGAUUUAAGAGACUUAGUGGACACCAUGAAUCGUCUCAGCAUACUACCCAGCGAUUUCGAUGGAAAAGACAAACUCGAAGAGUGGUUACAAACUCUUAACAACAUGUCUGCAUCUGAUGAGUUGUCUGAUACGCAAGUAAGACAACUGAUUUUUGACUUGGAAACUUCCUACAAUGCUUUCAACAAAAUUCUUCACAAUUCCUAAACUGGACAGUUUUAAUUGCGUCGAAACGCGCGACAAAUUUUAUUCUAUCGUGUACCUCCGAUCGUUCCUUUCAUAUCGCUCGAGGGCAACACAGUUAAAGGUUCCACAGUGCUACAUACUUUGAUUUCUGCGUAAAACGUGAAUGUACUAUGUACGUACGAGUAUAGAUAUAUACAUAAGUAUGUAUACAUGAAAAAAAGCUAUGCACAGAGGCGACUAUUUUGUACGCGAUUCUUUGUAAAACGUGUCAACACGGUGAAUUGUUAAAUGUAAUAUCCAAUGUAUAUACAGUAUCGAUUAAAAUAAUAAAAUUAAUCGUAGGUGCUUA